AUGUCUACGCAGGAUAUCACCAAGCCCUACCGCUUCAUGGACCUCCCCACGGAGCUGCGCCUUACGAUCUAUAAGCGCCUGCCCCGCCAGAUCAAGCACACUAAGGCUCGCUACGUGGGUGGGAAAUACCCCUUCCCAGCCGAGAAAGUCGAUUUAACAGUGAUCUUGAUAACACGCCACCUCCCAGUAGCUAUCUUGGGUAUGGGUCGCCAAAUCUGGUUUGAGGCAGACAGUAUUGUCACGGAUCUGGUUCAGACAUCCGUGACAGAGUCGCAGCCCCGCGCCAUAGCUCAUGAGAUCCGUGCGAUGGCGCUUCAAGUACUCACACGAUCGCUUUCAACAGAGUGUGGAGUAUUUCUGGUGUGCCAAACCAAUGGUCAAACAUACCGUGAGAGCGACGUCAUCCAGCGACACCCGGACCUGGCCUCUUAUCCAUAG